AUUUGGAACAAAAUCACGUUCGCAUUUGACGCAUAUCGAAGACUCAAAAAAAAUUAAACAAAAAAAAUUGAUAUCGCAUAUUUACAGAAAAAAUUUCAAAAUUCUUCCGAUUUAUUGUUGUUAACGCAGUUUGAGUCCCGACUCACGAGAUAGCACUGCAAAUUGCUCUCUUCACAACCACUUCAGAGUACACAUACUUCAGAGUGAAUUGAAGUGAAUCUGUCAUCACGCGUUGACGCAAACAAUCGCAAAUGCGCAUUUCUCGGAAUUUUUGCCUUUAGAUUAAAAAAAGAAAACAGCAACGAUCGCUAUCCUGUUGCAAGUUAGCAUUUAAGAGAUGUACAAGUCGAGCCAGGAACCGGAUAUACCCGCAGCACUGGGUUUGCUGUCUCAUCUGGACAACGAUGAGCUGAAGGAAUUGUUAAAUAACGACGGCAAAUUCGAGGAUAUCGUGAAGGAUAUAAAGCAGUUCAAGGAGCUCGAGACCGAGAAGGAAAUGCUAAUGGCGAGCAACAGGUCUCUAGCGGAGUUCAACUUGUCCAAGCAGCCUGAAUUGGAAGAGGGCAAACAGGAGUUGAAGGAGCUGAGCGAACAGGCCAACCAAUUGUGCAGCAGUGUCAGGGAUAAGAUAGACGAAAUGCGCGAUAAAUCUGGCACAAUGACCGUCGAUACCGCGCUUGACCUGCUGCAAGCAGCGGCCGCCGAGAUUGAGGAAGAAUCAGAGGGGGUAGCGGAGAAAUUUUUGGCCGGUGAUAUCGAGGUAGACGAGUUCCUGGAUCAGUUUCUGUCGCGAAGAAAAUUAAUGCACCUACGCAAAGUGAAGGUGGACAAGCUGCGAGAGUUGAUAAGGAAAGGGCAUUCGAACAGCACCCCUGGCUACCCAAUCGCCUCGAACUUCCCUGGAAUAGCGCCCUCCAUACCGUAUCCGACCGGACCGAUAGCUAUGCCGAUGCCAUUGCCAGGAUUGCCAGCUUAUAGACCGUAUUAAUGUGUGAGAAGUUAAUGUGUAUAUUUAUUUGUUUCUACGAUACGCGGCGCGAGAUAUCGGACCGGUUGAUGCUCCAUACGUAUUAUGCACAUGCCUUUUGCACAUUGAUUUUUUUUCACUAUUUUUACACUAGACGAUAUGUUGCAUAAUAUAUAUGUCAUGCAGCAUAGGAACUGUACAUUAUUACAUUUAUCCUAGAUCCUUCGUUAUUUACCUGUUGGAUGAUGGACAACGUUUCAAAACGCCUGAUAUUUCUGAAAUAUUGUCUAUACUCCGUUUAUAAAAUAUUUAGACGUCUAUAUAUUCGUAUACGCACGAACGCAGUUGACGCGUUAACUGCGUGCUGUUAAUAACACAAUCACUUUUUCUCUAACAUAGUACGUAGCAGAUUUUUUUUUAAGGAAUAUACUAUACGAUUCGAUCUCGUUAUUCUUCAUCACGAUCUA